AUGGAGAAAAGAAAGAGAUUCGAGACCGCCAAGAUUUACGUGGCGUACGGUUUUCUUCUGAGCCUCAUCGACAAUGGCAGUGUUGCUACUGCUCUUUCAAUCACCGUGACGGAGUUUGAAUGCGUAUCAGAGCAGGUUCUACACGAAGGAGACACCGUCUCCGGAAACUUUGUUGCCAUCGACCACGACAUCUUCUGGAGCUCCGACCACCCUGGCAUCGAUUUCACUGCUACAGCUCCAGGAGGCAGCAUUGUGUCUUCUCUGAAAGGAACGUCGGGAGAUAAGUUCAAGUUCAAGGCACAGAAAAGCGGAAUCUACAAGUUCUGUUUUCGAAAUCCUGCUUCGACUCCUGAGACUGUUUCAUUCUACAUCCAUGUUGGCCACAUCCCAAAUGAGCAUGACUUGGCUAAAGACGAACACAUGGACCCUCUGAAUAUUAAGAUUGCCGAGCUGAGAGAGGCAUUGGAAGCAAUCACAACAGAGCAAAAGUUCCUUAAGGCGCGCGAUGCCAGGCAUAGAUACACAAAUGUUAGCACGAACAAACGAGUGAUCUACUUCACACUUGCAGAGUACCUUGUAUUUGCCGGUGCAAGCGCUCUUCAAGUGCUCUACAUCCGCAAUCUGUUCAGCAAGUCCGUUGCUUAUAACAGAGUUUAAUUAGGUUCCCAUUUUUCUUAAUAAUCUUCUUAUAAAUUCGUAACAAAUGUUAUUUAUCUCUUUUUAUUGGUAAAUAAGGCAA